AUGAAUUCCAGCUCACCAGAUUCGGCCGCCGUCGUCAUACCCUCUCGUAGCGCAGGCGUGGAAACAUUUGCACUGGGAUCGCCACACGAAGAUUCUCGACCGCGGGCCUCACUGCCACCACCUCUCCGCCGAUCCUCUCCCAGACUGUUUCGAGAAGUCUUCAAUGCCAUGCCUGAUACUGCCUCCCGCAGACAAGCAACGCUUCCGUACCCCGUGUCGGGUCCCCAAGACCCCCUCCAGAGCGUCAGCCGAGCCCUGCAAAGCGUCAAUCAAGCACUUCAAGACGCCCAACAGGCAUUCCACCAACCCAGACGACCACGAAGUGAGAGCGAAGGACGAAGCCUGAGAACGGAAGGGGAGACAGCUGAGCAACUCGUGGAUCUAACAACGACGAGCAGUCCCAGCGCAGGGUCGGCAGAGAGUCACUACAUCUCGUAUACCACUCAUCCUCACGAUUCCUCUCAAGCUCAUCGCACCCGGCGAUUCAACGCCCUCAACGAGCCUAUCUACCCUAAUCCCACUCAAGCCUCCUCUCCGCGUCGCAGCCAUACUUUCGACCACGAACUCCCUCAUCCGCGUGCCAACGUCAGAUUCUGGCCUCCCUACCGAUUCGGCAGCGUGCGACUGCCGCGUAUACGACCCUUGGGUGAAGGGCAAUUGCCGUCCGCUGUGGAGGAGGAGGCCGUAAAUCGACAGCGAGAGAACCACUCAAAUUGGGAACGUACACAGGCCCGGAACAUGGAGCGUCAGCGGAUUCAGGAACAAAGUCAAGAUCAGGAUUCUUCACAGCACUCGAGUCAGUCCACCAUGUCCCCCCCAUCGUCCUCCCACACCAGACCGACCACGCAAUCUUCUCGACAACGUGCUUCUACGCCACAGCUCGAGAAUGAUCCACUGGUCGAUGAAGUCGACCUCACCGCCGUGGAUGACCGUGCAAGCCUCUCCGCUGCCCUUUCCAAACAGCGGGAGGAUGCCAUUUUAGCGCAGAAUCCGGGCACAGACGCAGGUCGCACCCCACUUACAGCGUACAAGUGUCCGGUGUGUAUGGACACGCCGACAGAUGCUACUUCUACCGUAUGCGGGCAUGUGUUCUGCCACCGGUGUAUAGUCGAUACCCUCAACUGGUCUAUCGACCAACGCAGGGAAGAUGCACCAGCGAGCCGCAAAGUCAAAGGCGUAUGUCCCGUAUGUCGGAAACCGCUGGAUCUAAAAGACACGCCUGGUACGGGAAGGAGCCUGGUUCCACUCGAACUGAGGCUGUUGGUGAAGAAGAGGAAGCGAGACGGAGACGCCGACACUGGCAAGGCAAAGGUGACAUCCGUGGUCAAGGCCGAGAGGUCAAGUGAUGAUGAAGAGAUGCGCAGCGGCAAGGGGAAGGCUGGAAAGGCACGGAAACGAGAACGCGAGUCUACCGAGGAUGCGAUAUGGAGGGUGUUUACAAAUGAUAACGACAACACCUAG